UAACAAUCUUCAAAAAAUGAAUUUAUUACGUUUUGCAUCCUGUUCAAAUGAUAAUAAUGGCAAUAAUCAAACAAAAAACAUUGUAUUUGGUUCGACCAAAUAUUAUGUACUUUGUGCAGCUGGUGGUGCAAUUAGUUGUGGUUUGACACAUACAAUGUUAACACCAUUAGAUCUAAUUAAAUGUCGUAUACAGGUUGAUCCAAAACGUUAUCGUAAUAUAACCAAUGGUUUUUUAAUUUCAUAUCUUCAUGAAGGUGGUUUACGUGGACUUGGUAGAGGUUGGGCACCAACUGCUUUUGGCUAUUCUUGUCAAGGUCUUGGUAAAUUUGGUUUCUAUGAAUUAUUCAAAAAUUUUUAUUCGAAAAUAUUGGGACCAGAAAAUUCUUAUCAUUAUCGUACAUCAUUAUAUUUGGCUGCAUCAGCUUCGGCAGAAUUUUUUGCUGACAUUGCAUUGGCUCCAUUCGAAGCAUGUAAAGUUCGAACACAAACAUCGAAAAAUUGUCCAUCAGAAUUUCGACGUGUAGUACCAUUGAUUUAUCGUCAAGAAGGAAUGGCCGGUUUUUAUAAAGGUUUAAUACCACUUUGGUUUCGUCAAAUACCAUAUACAAUGAUGAAAUUUGCUUGCUUUGAACGUACUGUUGAAUGGUUAUAUCGUAAUGUUGUACCUAAACCACGUGAUAAAUGUAGUAAAGUUGAACAAUUAACUAUUACAUUUUUAGCCGGUUAUAUUGCCGGUAUAUUCUGUGCUAUUGUAUCACAUCCAGCCGAUACAGUUGUAUCAAAAUUGAAUCAAGAUCGUGGAUCAACUUGGAUUAAUGUACUUGGUAAAUUAGGACCAAUCGGUGUUUGGAAAGGUCUUAUGCCACGUAUCAUAAUGAUUGGUACAUUAACAGCUGCACAAUGGUUUAUAUAUGAUGGUUUUAAAGUUUGGCUAUCAAUACCACGUCCACCACCACCAAUGAAACCGGAAAAUUUUGCAAUCUUUUCUAACGACAAUAAUAAUAUCGAUAUUGUUGAAGAUAAGAAAGACUAGAGAUUCAAAAAAAAAAUUGAUCCAUUUGAAUCAAAUAAACAACAAACAAACAAACAAAAAAAUCAAAUUCUUAUCCAUCAUUUAUUCUACUUUAAUAUAAUAUAAUAACGUAAUAUACAACUAAUGAUGAUGAUAAUAAUAAUAACAUGGUGGACCCAAGGGUCUAUCAAUAAUUGUGGAUCGAUCAAUAUCCGACAUUCAAUGGCUCCAACAACAACAAAAAAAUAGUGGACA